GUCAGGGCCGUACGUUGUUUGAGAUUCGAACGCAGCAUAGAAAGUUCGACGUCGAUACCGAAAGACAGUGCUGCAGGACAAUCCUGCGCUCUCUGCUUCGUAAAUUUAUAUAUUCAAAAUAUAGGAGCCGGAGACUCCGUGUGACUUCGUGGGAGCAUUACUGAGGGACGUAGUGUUCGAGAGAGAGCGAGGGGAUAGAGAGCGAGAUGUCGGGUAUUGCUCGUGGACGCCUUGCUGAGGAGAGAAAGGCAUGGCGCAAGAACCAUCCUCAUGGUUUUGUUGCGAAGCCGGAGACGCUGCCAGAUGGUACGGUGAAUUUGAUGGUGUGGCAUUGUACUAUUCCUGGCAAGGCUGGGACUGAUUGGGAAGGUGGCUAUUUUCCGUUGACAUUGCACUUCAGUGAAGAUUACCCUAGCAAACCACCAAAGUGUAAAUUCCCACAAGGUUUCUUCCACCCUAAUGUCUACCCAUCUGGAACUGUUUGCUUGUCUAUACUUAAUGAGGACAGUGGGUGGAGACCAGCCAUAACUGUAAAGCAAAUUCUUGUGGGAAUCCAAGACUUGCUUGACCAGCCAAAUCCUGCUGAUCCUGCCCAGACAGAAGGCUAUCAUCUCUUUAUCCAGGAUGCGGUGGAGUAUAGGCGAAGGGUGCGACAGCAGGCAAAGCAAUACCCAACUCUUGUCUAGAUGAUAAAUGGGCACAGUUCAAGAAUUAUUUGUGCUAUGGUAGAUACUGGUUGCUGUCUCUUGUUCUAAAGUUAAAACUGUUACGUGAUUGCUGGCUGCCAUAAUAUGCAGACCCUAUGGUUUUAACUGAUUGUGCUUGCUCAGGUCUGGAUAUAAUAUUGAUACACAACAAUGUUAAAGUCAACCAAUGAUGCUUGUUGAUAAUUUCGUCAGCAGAAACCUGCUGAGGCCUGAUGUUUGUUGCUACAUUGCUAUGACAAUAGAUACUUUUCUGUGAA